AUGGAGGAUGAAGAGACUUUAUCGCAUGCCAAUGAACCAUUUAAUUUUGAAAUGAAACAGGAAACACUGGAAAAUGAAGAGAAUAAAAACACCGAGCAAUCCGAGUCGUUUUCUGAAUUGGAUGACUCGAAUUUAAGUGUAGGUGGAGAAAAUGUCGAUGCGGAGAUGUCAGAGGAGAAGGCGGAGAAGCUGCCUGCGGUAGUGGAAGUUGGAGAAAAGUCUAUUACGGAGAAAUAUGAUGUAACGGGACCGGAAUUGGAAGUGGAUGCAGUGGAGCUUGAUAUUGGCGGUGGAGAAAACAGCGUAUUCGAGAGAGUUGAUACGAUGGUGCUUACGGCUGAAGAGGCGGAGGCAGAUGAGACUCAGGCGUUGGAGAGCGAAGUGGGAGGAAUGAAAGGUGGCUGUGAUAGCGGGGAGUCACUGCUUGCUUCGAAGGGUGAGGAGGAAUUGGUGUCGGUGGUAGCAGGUGAUGGAAGCAAGGUUAGUUCUGGCACAUGGGAUUUGAGACCUCAUGCUCGGUCGGAUAUGGACGUGAUCGGUGAAGCGCCAGUGGAAAGAGAGGGAAUGGAAGCGAGGGGUCCCGAAGCCACAGCUGAGAUAGAGGAGAGAGGCAAGGGACAGCACAUUGAGAAAGAGGAAGGAACUGAGCUGGAGCCAGAGAGAACUCAAAUUCUUGAAAAUGAUUCAGGGACAGUAGUGGAAGCUGGUGUAGGCAGCGAGAAGGUUACAGAUAAGAUAAAUGAUUCAGAAGGUGGGACUACUGAGAAACUGGUCGGAACUGUAGAAGAAACAAGUGAUUCUAGGACCCAAAUUGAGGUGGUGAAUUGUAGUGAAGGAGAGCAGGUUCACGAAUCCAAUGGUGGUAUGGGAAAUUUUGGCACUGAAAUGAAAGAUAAGAGUGCUGCAGAUGGGUCGGUUGCUGAGGAGAGUUUGAUGGUCAGAACCAUAACGGAGGAGAAGGAUAUCGGCGUUGAGGUUUCAAAAGGCCCCGAGUUAUCUGAGCCUGCAAAUGCAGCAGAAAUUGAGGAGGUAGAAGCAGUGUCUGGAGAGGAGAUUUCAGCAGGAGAUACUAAAAUGGAAACAGAGGCAUGCAUGGAAAUAGAAAUGACGAGGGAUGACAUGGUCCAGGAGAUUCAAGUGGUUGAUUUGCAAAUGGAAGCUGAGGUGGUGGAAAUGAAUGAUGGGAUUGAGGCAAUCCCACCUGAGGAUUCACUAAGGGAGACAGGGAAAACAAAAAGUGAUUGGGAUGAGCCUGGUCAGGAUUUGGAUGAUCCACUGGCUGCAAUAAAAUCUGAAGAUGAAGCAAUGACUGCAGAGGACACUGAAAUGGAGACUGAAACAGAUGUGGCUGAACUGGUGAAAUCGUCUGAAGAGAAGCUGAAGAGGGGGAGGAAUUCAAAAAGUCCAUCAAGUUAUCAGGCCACAGCAAAAGCUUCUGCUAGGAAGAAGGUGGGAGAGGACGUCUGUUUCAUUUGCUUUGAUGGUGGGGACCUAGUGCUAUGUGAUCGCCGAGGUUGCCCCAAAGCUUAUCAUCCAUCUUGUGUAAAUCGAGAUGUGGCCUUCUUCAACACUAAGGGUCGCUGGAACUGCGGUUGGCAUAUGUGCAGCAUUUGUGAGAAGAAUGCCCACUAUAUGUGUUAUACAUGCACAUAUUCCUCGUGCAAGGGUUGCAUUAAAGACGCUGUCAUCUUUUGUGUCCGAGGAAAUAAAGGCUUUUGUGAGACCUGCAUGAGAACUGUUAUGCUAAUUGAGAACAAUCAACAGGAAAAUGCUCAAAUAGAUUUUGAUGACAAAAGUAACUGGGAGUAUCUAUUCAGGGAUUACUAUAUAGAUCUCAAAUCGAAGCUAUCCCUCUCUUCAGUUGAAGUUGCAGGGGCUAAGCAUCCAUGGAAGGGCAGUAAACAAGAAUUGCCUGAGGAACAGAUUGAUGCUGAUUAUGAUGGAGGAUCUGCUUCAGAUGACUUUAUUGAGAGCCAGAAAACCAGUAAAUCUAAGAGAAGAAAGCUUAAGAAACGAUCAAAACCCGUCACCAAAGAAGUGGAAUCCAUUAGUGCAGGUGUGUCAGCCCGCAAUGAGAACAUUUCAUCAUCAGAGGACACUGAAUGGGCUACAAAAGAGCUUCUCGAAUUUGUUUCACAUAUGAGAAAUGGUGACGUAUCUGUGCUAUCUCAGUUUGAUGUACAAGCUCUUCUGCUUGAAUAUAUCAAAAGAAACAAACUUCGUGAUCCUCGCCGGAAAAGUCAAAUUAUCUGUGAUUCAAGGCUUGGAAAUCUAUUUGGAAAACCGCGAGUUGGACAUUUUGAAAUGUUAAAACUUCUUGAAUCUCAUUUUCCUUUGAAAAAGGAUAAGACGGAAGAAGUUCAAGGGAGUUUUGUUGGCACUGAAAGUAACCUGUUGGAGGUUGAUGACAAUGCCGACACCCAAGUCAGGGGGGUCAAAGGUAGGAAAAGCAAAACACUCAAGAAAGGUGACAGAAGGGGCCCUCAGUCAAAUCUUGAGGAUUAUGCUGCCAUUGACACGCACAACAUGAGCUUAAUUUACCUGCGUCGGAAGUUGAUGGAGGACUUACUCGAAGAUGUUGAGAAGUUUCAUGAUAAAGUUGUUGGAGCUUUGGUGAGAAUAAGAAUUUCUGGUAGUAGUCAAAAGCAAGACCUGUAUAGACUAGUGCAAAUUGUAGGCACAAGCAAAGCUGUGGAGCCAUAUAAAAUUGGCAAAAAAAAUUGUGAUACGAUGCUGGAGAUAUUAAAUCUAGACAAGGCGGAGGUCAUUUCAAUUGAUACUAUCUCAAAUCAAGAGUUCACUGAGCUUAGAGAGUGUGUGGAAAAAUUACAACUUUUGAAGACUCCUGAAGAACGCCAUCGCAGACUAGAGGAAAUUCCUGAAAUACAUGCAGAUCCCAAAAUGGAUCCAAGUUAUGAGUCUGACGAGGAUGACAGUGAAGCUGACAACAGUAGACGAGAUUCUUUGAUGAUAUCUAGAAGUUCUAGCUUUAACAGGAGAGGAAGAGGUCUUAUCUCUCCAGGAAGUGAUUAUAAUGCAAAAGAUACUUGGAAUGGCUCAGAAAAUGUUUCAAUUAAGAAUUGGGAAUCGAGCAGAAACCUCUCAAGCAAGAGUAUGUAUACUGAUGCUGCUCAUUCUGGUGAAAUAGUAAAUGAAAAUGCACAGAACCAAGGAAGAGACACGAACGUUCAAGAAUCUAAAUCUGUUGCUUCACUCGUAACUUCAACAGUAUCUCUCUCAGAUGGUGUGGCAGAAACUGCAGUCAAGGUAAUUGAAACUGAAAAGGUUUGGCAUUACAAGGAUCCUUCUGGAAAAGUGCAAGGACCAUUUUCCAUGGUGCAGUUGCAUAAAUGGAACAGCACAGGGUACUUCCCUGAGGAUCUGAGAAUCUGGAGAACCACAUUAGAACAAGACCCUAUACGUCUUAUUGAUGCAUUGGCAGGGAAAUAUCAGAGAGAAUCACGGGCAGUUGACAAUAGAUUUCCAGCAAUUGAUUCUAUGCAUAGUCUGGGUAUCUCAUCACAUCAUCCUGAAAAUUUGGUUGGAAAUGAUUCUACAAACCUACCAUCUCCUACUCCAAAACAAAAAAAUGCAGGAUGGACGGGAGAAGGCGGGGUUCUUCUCCAUGGUGCUACUCAAUAUCCCAGUGGCAAUGGAUUGCUUAAUUCACCUACUCCUGCCUUACCAAACACCAUGACAUACUCUUCUUCUGCUUCAGUUCUGAAGUCUCCUGUCCAAUCUAGCGCUGGUUUUACUCCAACAUCGAACUCUGAAAAAGGUACUCUUGCAGGAUAUGUAGAUGCUCUACAAAUUCAGUCAAAUGUGAUUAGUGAACCACAUGCUGUACAGAUGCAUGGCCAUCUGCCCACUAUCGUCCAGUCAGGUGCUAUUAGUCUGAACCCUUAUGUUGACACUCAUGGUUUGGGCAGUGUUCCACAGUCUGGACAAGGCCAGGCCCAAGGUUGGGGUGGCAUUAAGUUGGAUGUUCAGAACUCUGUCGGAAAUUUCUCAAACUCAAGUAUUGCAGCUAUGCCUCAACCUGGUUUCUGGAGACCAUCUACACAGAGCAGUCUACCCAACAUGCUGCCCCGCAGUACACAAAACAUACCAUGGGGCAUGAGACCUGAAAAUCCAAACACAGGGUGGGGUAAUGUGCGGGCAAAUCCAAACACGGGGUGGGCAACACCCACACCGGGAAGUACUAAUGUAAAUGUGGGACUGGCUGUUCAAGCACCUGCUCUAGGAAAUACUUCUGGUUUGGUUGGUCCUUCAGGAAAUCCCGGAACUACUGUUGAAGGGCCGGUUCCUGGAAAUGUGAAUUCUGGUUGGGUUGCAACUCCAAGUUGGGGGGGUGCUCCAGUUCAAGGGCCAGUACCAGUACCUGAGAAUGGGUGGGGAGCACCUAGUGGAAGUUCAGGAUUUACCAUUCAAGGACUCGUACAAGCAAACCUGAAUCAAGGUUUUGUUGCUCCAGCUGGGAGCCAAGGUACGUGGGGAGGUGAACAAAACCAUAAUGGAGGUCAAUUCUCCAGUCAAAGGGAAACGAGAGAUUCUGGUUUUGGUGGCGGAAGGACUACUUGGAACAGAGAGUCAUCAUUUGGCAGUGGAGGUUCUAGACCUUUCAAUAGGCGGGUUGCAGUUUGUCCAUACAAUGCAAACGGGAGAUUUUCUAUGAUCCCUGCUCGACCUGUCCGAUCUUUUUUGCUUCAGUGGAACACAAGUUUCUUGUGCCUUGAUAGAAGUUUGGGAUCUUGGAAUAUGCUACAAGAGUAUUCCUGGGUUGCCGUGUUCUUGUUGGAAUGCAGUCUCUGA